GGAGGGAGGGAGGACCAGGAGGAGGGAGCAGAGGCCCCAAAGUGCAGCUUAGGAGAUCAAGGGCCCGCUCCACACCCGGGAUGUGCUGGGCCCUGAGGGCGCAGCGGGCGACAGGACAGUGACCCUGAGGGCCAGGCAGAGCCCCUGCUGAUCUGCUCCUCUAGGACCCCAGCUGGUUGCGGACCUGGGGCCGCAGGAGCCUCCGCAUGCUGCGGCACAGUUAGGGAGAUGCUGCAGGAUAAGGGCCUGACGGAGAGCGAGGAGGCCUUCCGGGCCCCGGGCCCAGGGCUCGGGGAGGCUAGCAGCAACACCACCACCACCACUGCAGCCCCCGAACCCGCGCUGGCUGAGCCUGGCCUUAGUGGAACAGCGCUCAGCAUCCCCUCAGGCCAGGGCGCCGAAGUUGCCGCUGCUGCUGCUGCCGCUGUGGAGCAGACCAUCGAGAACAUCAAGGUGGGGCUGCAUGAGAAGGAGCUGUGGAAGAAGUUCCACGAGGCAGGCACCGAGAUGAUCAUCACCAAGGCCGGCAGGAGGAUGUUCCCUAGCUACAAGGUAAAAGUCACAGGCAUGAACCCCAAGACCAAGUACAUCCUGCUCAUCGACAUCGUCCCUGCAGAUGACCAUCGCUACAAGUUCUGUGACAACAAAUGGAUGGUCGCUGGGAAGGCUGAGCCAGCCAUGCCUGGGAGGCUCUAUGUCCACCCAGAUUCUCCUGCCACUGGGGCCCACUGGAUGCGGCAGCUGGUCUCUUUCCAGAAGCUGAAGCUGACAAACAACCACCUGGACCCCUUUGGCCAUAUCAUCCUCAACUCCAUGCAUAAAUACCAGCCUCGGCUGCACAUCGUUAAGGCCGACGAGAACAAUGCUUUUGGCUCCAAAAACACAGCCUUCUGCACCCAUGUGUUCCCAGAGACCUCCUUCAUCUCCGUGACCUCCUACCAGAACCACAAGAUUACACAGCUGAAAAUCGAGAACAACCCCUUUGCCAAGGGAUUCCGGGGCAGUGACGACAGUGACCUGCGUGUGGCCCGGUUGCAGAGCAAAGAGUAUCCGGUCAUCUCCAAAAGCAUCAUGAGGCAGAGGCUUGUCUCCAGCCAGCUCUCGGCAAAACCAGAUGUCAGCCCCCUGCACAGCGCUCACCAGGCCCUGCAGCACUACCAGUAUGAGAACGGGGCCCACAUGCAGUUUGCUGCUGCAGAACCCCAGGACCUGCCCCUCAACACCUUCUCAACGCAGAGGGACUCCAGCCUCUUCUACCACUGCCUGAAGCGCAGAGCAGACAGUGCCCGCCACCUGGACUUACCCUGCAAGCGGUCCUAUCUGGAAACUCCCUCUUCCGUGGGGGACGAUCACUAUUUCCGGUCUCCCCCUCCCUACGACCAGCAGAUGCUGAGCCCUUCCUAUUGCAGUGAGGUGACCCCCAGAGAGGCCUGCAUGUACUCGAGUUCAGGGCCUGAGAUUGCAGGGGUGUCUUCAGUGGACGACCUGCCCCCACCCCCACUGAGCUGUAACAUGUGGACCUCAGUCUCACCAUACACGAGCUACAGCGUUCAGACUAUGGAGACUGUGCCUUACCAGCCCUUCCCCGCACACUUCACCGCCACCACGAUGAUGCCUCGGCUGCCCGCCAUCUCCGCCCAGAGUGCCCAGCCACCUGGAAAUGCCCACUUCAGUGUGUACAAUCAGCUGUCCCAGUCUCAGGUCCGAGAGCGGGGCCCCUCCGCUUCCUUCUCUCGAGAGCGUGGCCUCCCCGCCGUGUGCGAGAGGAAGCCCCCCUCACCACACCUGAACGCUGCCAAUGAGUUCCUCUACUCGCAGAGCUUCUCCUUGACCCGAGAGUCAUCCUUACAGUAUCAUUCAGGAAUGGGGACUGUGGAGAACUGGACUGAUGGAUGACGUGACUACCUGUAUCCUUGACAGCCCUGGGACCAUGUCAAUCCAGCAUUAACCUCGGUGGGAGGCCGGCACUGCCAAGAAACAUGGAAAGGUAUUCCAGAAUGGGGUGUGUGUGUGUGUGUGUGUGUGUGUGUGUGUGUGU